CCUGCAAAUGUGCACUCAGUUUAUGGCUAAUAGAUAUAUUUUAAAUAAAAACAUUCCGCGAUGACGAGAAACAAGGUUUCUCGCUCAAGAAACUCAGUUUAUCAAAAUUCAAAAAAAGAAAAAGAAAAUCAAUGAGAAGAAUGAAAUUAAUUGUCCCGCGUAUUUCACUAUGGGGGUAUUUAUUUCUUCAUCCCACAUGGUUUGCUUCACAAGCUCUUUCUGCAACUUGAGAGAAGAACAGAACGUCAUAUCCAAAAGCAAAAGACCAAAACCACAAGAAGUAUACGAGAGCAGGAGUUAGGAAGAAGAUGCCUACUAACGGCUCACAACACCGCGGUACAGGGAGAGAUUUCAGAAGAAUGGUGAAUUCUCCUUACUUUAGAAGUACUGGAAAUUUGCCAUCGUUGCCAGAAAAUCCUCAUAGCAACACUAGUCUAGGUCUUAUUUUUCCAAGAAUGGAAAGGAGGGGGUUACAUGGAAGAAACAGCACUUCCAUCACUUCAUCAGCUUUUCAACAAGAUACUAAUUCACAAAGUUUACCAUCUUCUGCAAGUACCAUUACUUCGAAAUCUAAAACAAUAUCAAACUCUUCACUUUCAUGUGUAUUAGGUAAUGACAUACACAUCACCACCACUUAUGAGGAAUAAUUUUUUUUCUUUGUUGCAACACACAAAAAACUUGAGUUUUGUGUGCUGUUAAGUCAAAUGAUAAUUUUUACGUCUUCAAAUUAAUGCAAGAUCAGUUUAAAUACAGACGGUAAAUGGAUCUCAAAUACAAGCAUGAUGGUAUUUGUUUUGUAUUAGGUUCUCAAGUUGAUAUGUUGUCUACACUCUCACAUGCACCAGUUACACAAGAUGUUGCUUCUUUUGGUAAAUAGUUUGACUUUGCUAUCAUCACUAGGAAGCCGUUACUUCCAUAAUUCUCCUUGUAAAAUUACACCAUCUCGUUUCAGUUACCAUUAUGUCCAGUGUUCCAAGUUCUGGAAAUGAUGAAGGUGUUUCAAAUGCGAUGCAAAGUGUUUUGACAACGUUGCCAAAAAAUAAUAUUACCUUUCUUGAAAAUAUCACAUUCUCUGAUGAUGAUGAUGAUGAUGAUGAUGAUGAUGAUGAUGAUGAUGAUGAUGAUGAUGAUGAUG